UAAAAAGGAGUUUAGAAUAUCAAAAUUUCCCAUAGAGAGAGCUUAGAAAAACUAAUUUUAAAAAAGAAAGUAAUUUUAAAUAUGGCCUCAUAUCAAGCAGUUUGUACUGCCGUUUUUAUUCGCCUCGUACUCGAAAUUUUGGAACACCUUUGGCAACCUUCUGAUGGCUGUUCACCCGCUCCGAAAUUGGGAGGAUGGAUUUUCGUGGGAGCUCUUGGGCUCUUGGCCAGUGAUAUUAAAAUGUAUCCGGAUCGUUAUAUGCACCUGCCGUAUGCCGUACAGUUUCUGGUGGAGACGUUCGGAUCUUUGGCUAUCCUGGAGUUCUUUUCGACCGUGGUUUGGUGCAUGCUGGAACAAUUGAUUCACCACCUGGUGAGGCUGCUAUUUCUGUCCCUGGGAAUGAACGACGAGACUUACCUGGCCUUCGAAUAUUGGCUCCUUUUGAUUCCCACCACUGCUCUGGCCGUCACCUUAUUCAUUAUAAUGAAAAUGGCCGUUUUACCCCUGUUCGAUAUCAAGUCAGUCUAUGAAAAGCAGGAAAUAAAGGUACAUCUGGACAAGGAAGUUUACAUUGAUCUGGUUAGUCAAAAAAUGCGAAAAUUGGAAAAGUACAAUCGUCGAUAUAAAAAUGAAUUAAAAAUCUAAAUUGUAGUACAAAUUUAAUGUAUGCUUAUGAAGACAAAAGUAAUAAUUGUUUUUAUAAUAACCUCUGCUUAUAAAUAAUAACUAUAAUUAUAUAAAAUAA